CUCGUGGAUGAGCGACGAGGGGAUUUCGAGGAGCCCAACUCGAUGUCGUUUUUCUGUCCUUGGACCUCCGAUCCCUCCGCCGUCCGUUAUCGCCAAUCCAGUCGGCGUCGUGACGCUACAGAAAGCAUAAGCGCCGCUCUCAGCCUCGCCUCGAGGACAUUAAAACUGAUUGACGCUCGCGGUUGUCGCAAGUCACACAAGAGACUCGUCAGAAGUCCCGUCGCGAGUCACGGCGGAAACCCACCGCGAUUGAUCGAUAAGUCCUCUCGAUUCAGCGCCUUGUCCGGCAGGCAUCCUCGUAACCGGGAUAAACAGAGAGACCGGUUCGAGGAAACCGUGAAUUAACUCGAUCCCCAGGUCGCCCAAGUCGAGAGGGGACGAUCCCGAAGAGAGUCCCGCCAGGAAGGAGUGCCACCUGUUGAGGGUCCGUUUCCAAACUCCUCCUAGAAGCUCGGAGUCCUCUUUUUCCUCCAACUCUGGGAAGACGUCGCUUCGCACCGACUCAAUGAACUUGACGGGUUAAGGUCGAUUGCAUGUCGUAACAAUUGCGUAUCGUUUACUUCUACCAGAAGACUUGCUCGUAAGAAGUUUUCGAAACGACCGAUAAGUGCAUUGAUAAGGUGGGAAGUGGUCAGAUAAGAGACAUCCGUCCUCGGCGGAGCUGCCGUCGCCGGUCAGUCCUGAUCUUGGUGGGAAACGACGACGAGGAUGAAGUCCCUGCUCCUGUUGGGGGUCCUCUUUCUGGCCCAGAGCGAAGGAGCCAGGUUCCUGGGCCUCUUCCCGCUGCAAGGGAAGAGCCACUUCAUCAUGAUGGAGCAGCUGAUGAAGGAGCUGGCUAGACGCGGCGACCAGGUCGACGUCGUGAGCCACUUCCCGCAGAAGACGCCGUUCCCGAACUACAAGGACAUCGACGUGAGCGGGACCGUGCCCAUCGUGGUGAACAACAUGUCCAUAUCGUACGUCGACACGUUCAACACCUUGUCCGUCAAGAAGCUGGUCCACAUGGCCGGCACCCAGGUCUGCCAGCUGCUGGGACACCCGAAGCUGCAGGAGAUCAUCAAGAACCCGCCCAAAGACCCGCCCUACGACGCCGUGAUCGUCGAGGUGUUCGCGUCCCACUGCUACUUCGCGUUCGGCCGAUUGCUGAAUGUCCCAGUGAUCGGUGUCACCAGUUCCGGGCUCUACGACUGGAUGAACGAACCCAUGGGCAACCCCAGCAACCCUGCCUACAUCCCAGGAGGGUUCACCGGCUUCCCCGCGAAGAUGACGUUCAUCCAGCGUCUGAGUAACACGCUGAUAAGCCUCUUCAUCAAUUUCGACUUCCAGUGGUGGAUCAACGAGCAGUCGGAGCUGAUCGAAAAGUACUUCGGCCCGGACAUGCCAAAGGUGGAGGUCCUCCAGAAGGAGCUGACACUGUUGCUGGUCAACUCGCACUUCUCCUUGAACGGGGUCAGGCCUUUGACAUCUGCGAUCGUCGAAGUGGGCGGACUCCACGUUAAAUCCGGUGGGGUGCUUCCUCAGGAGCUCCAGAAGUGGCUGGACGACAGCAAACACGGCGUCGUCUACUUCAGCUUCGGAUCGAUGAUGAAGAUCGAGUCCCUCCCGGAGAAGACGCUGCUGGCGUUCUACGAGACCUUCCGAAAAAUCGCCCCGGUUCGGGUUUUGAUGAAGAUCCCGAAGGUGGACGAACUUCCCAAGGGGUUGCCUGAGAACGUGAAGACGAUGCAAUGGAUUCCUCAGGUCGAGGUCCUCGAACACAAGAACGUGAAAGUCUUCAUCACCCAUGGCGGCAACAUGGGGACCCUAGAGGCCCUUCGUUUUGGAGUUCCUCUGAUCGGCUUCCCUUUGUUCGGUGACCAACACGCGAACAUCCAGAAUUUCGUGAAUCGCAACAUCGCCAUCGCGCUGGACUAUAAGAAGGUGGACGAGAAGCAGCUCACAGAAGCGAUCACCACGAUCCUGAAGGACCCCUCCUACAAAAAAAACGCCGAGAACUUGUCGAGGAAGUACUUGGACCGUCCCUUAUCAGCGAUGGACACCGCGAUAUUCUGGAUAAAAUUCGUCCUGAGAAACGGGAAUGUCCUGAGGUCGCCGAGCCUAGACCUGACCUGGUGGCAGGUGAAUUUGCUGGACGUCUAUGGAGUUCUCCUGGGAGGCCUUCUGCUCACCCUGUACAUCCUGCAACUGGUACUUCGAGGACUCUGGAGGCUGCUGAAGGGAUCAUCUCGGGGGAGCAGCGGGAAGUCCGCCACCUCUUCCAGAUCCAAGAAGACCAAUUAACUCGGACGAACCCCUGGACUUUAACCAUUCGCUCUUGUCAUAACGAUUAUACAUCGAGGAGAACUGCAGGAUCAAGAAAAAAAAAAAAAAGAAAAAACAUCUAAUAUCAGCAUCUUAUCAGGCGAGACGUCGAGAACGUGGGACGUCGCGUGCUGGACCCGGCGUCGGCAAGAAAGACUGUAAUGGCUGCAAUUUUAAUAAGAGUGACACUCGGCCUGGGGAGGGGACGAGGGGAGAUACUCGUAGAAAAUAUUACUGGGGAAAGGAAAAGGAAAAUACGGAGGCAGGAGAGGAGCGACAAAAAGCAGGGCGGAUCGAUUGCUCCUCGAGGCAUAAUGCGUUGUCGGAAUUUCGAGGAAGGAACGACUCUUGCGAAGGCUCCGGGGAGGAUCGGGGAAAAAAGGCGUCCCAAGUGCAAUCGGGAUAUAUCGACGGGUCUGAGGAAAAGGGGGGAAGAAAGGGGCGAGAAAAGAGAGAGAGAGAGAAACCGAGCGACCUCAUCCUCGGGAUGUGCCGGCCAUUUUGUUCUUAAUCUCUCUUCUUGGAAUACUUGCAUUUACAUACACGUAGACAGGCACGCGUGGUCGACAUCGAGAGGGGCUUUAAGCUCGAGCUGCAAUGGAACGUCCAUCGAGCUUGCAAUUAGACUUAAUGGACGGCACUCGAUCUCCUCGAUUUGCGGGAUUCGACGGACGCGAAUGGGAAAGAGUCGACGCUUUGCGUCUUCUAGGUUUCGCGUGGGAUAGUGCUAUGUCGGGCCUCGAGAGCCCUUUUUCUAGGAUUUAUUUGACACGUCAAUUCCUUUUUCAUACGCAUGUACCAUCGAAUGGAGAAUAAAAGCGUUUUCAAGGUGUUUUCGAAUAA